AUGAGUAAUAAUCAAGCAGUUGUAGCUGGAGGUAAAAGAAAUCAACAAGAUGAAAAAACAAAUGUAACAACAAAUAAUAAUAAUAAUAGAAAGGAGAAUGGUAAACAACAUACUGAUGAUCAUAGGAGUGAUGAUAACGCUUCAUCUGAAAAACAUUAUAUUGUUAAAAAAGGUGAUUUUUCCUCCGAUAGAACAAUUUGUCAUAUGAUGACUGAGAAGAAAAAUAAUGAUAGAGUAUUUUCAGUGAUAGUAGAACAAUCAGUUGUGUGUGGAAUUAUUGAUCAUACAUAUUCCGAUCAUAAUAACGAGGUUAUUGGAUUGCUAGGUGGAUUUUUCGAUGAGAAGAGUUAUGUUGUGUACAUUAGUUGCUUCAAAGCUCUCAAGAGGGAUAUUGGAAAUAUUGCAAUUGAUGGUGUUGAAUGUGAUCCAAAUGAGCUAAUCAAAGCCCAAGAGUUUUUCCAAGAAAAAGAUUUGAUUUUUUGUGGAUGGUAUCACUCUCAUCCAAGGAUACCACCUUUUCCAUCUAUGAAAGAUUUACAAAUGCAAUUUGAAAUGCAAACACAAGCACAAUAUGCAGUUGGAUUAAUUUGCUCUGCAUACUAUAACGAGGGAACAACUAUGAAAAAAAGUGAAAAGCAUAGUUUUUAUAUGAAUUGUUUUAGAGUGGAAGAAAAGAAGGGAAAGUACGAGGCCUUAAAAGUUUCCUACACUGUUAAUAACACUGGUGUUCUGCAAUACGAAACCCAAAAUGAAAUGGUAAAAACUCUUAAUACUGGACUUGCUGAGUCUAAAGAUACUUUCACAAGACUAUUUGAGCAAGCUGUGAAGGAAAACAACAAAUCAAAACAGCUGUAUAUUAUGUCAAAAUAUCAAUCAUUUUUAUUUGAUUUUUGGAAUAAUUCCAUAAAUACAAGAUCAAGAGUACUUAGGCAAGAUAUUGAAAAUUUGAGAGCACAAAAUACAUUUUUGAAAAAGAAACUAGACGAUUUAAAUAGAAAGAAGGAUGUUUUAGAACCUAGAGAGCCAAAAGAGAAGAAAACAAAACAUUAUGGCAAUGCUAAAUUAAUUCAUGGAAAUAAGUCUGUCUCACUCAGUUCUGUUCAUGUCGUAAACAGUCCUUCAUUUAAUCAUAUUGAUUUUAUUGAAAAUGAAAGAGAAACUCUCAGAUUAAUUGAUGAGGAAGAGGAAAUUAGUGAAGAAUCAGUGAUAGAACAACCUCCACCACCUCCUUCAAUAGAAUUUCUAGAAAAUCCAAGAAUCAGACAUCAUAAUAAUGCAGCCUAUCAUUGUUACAAUAAGGCAAUUGUAAAUGGAAUGACAUACAAGAUUGGUGAUCAUAUCAGAGCAGAAACCAUAAGUAAUGGGAAUGUUACAGUUCAACCAGCAAGGAUACAGGAUAUCAUUUGCUUAGAUAUCAAGAAUCCAGAUAGAUUCUCAGUUACAUUCUUCCAUGUUUUAUAUUAUUAUGGAAUUGGUGUGGUGAGGACAUGUAUUCCAAAAGAUGUUGCAGAUAAGCAUUUCUCUGAUUCUGGUGAAGAAGAAAUAGUUCUCUACACAAAUCCAUUCCAACUAUUCCUACAACCAAACAAGGUUUAUGAAAAGAUUUUCAUUUAUGAUUAUGAGGCAUGCAUCAAUUUGAAAUAUGGUGGAAGAGCUCUCAGUCCCAAUCAACAAUUAUACUAUUGUAGAUAUCAAUUACGACAUGUUGAAAAUGCCUUUGUAGUGGAAGAUAUUGACCCAACAACAUUGGACAAAUUGGCUCAUUAG